UCGUGGCCGGAUCGCCUGUUCGUCCUGUAAGUUGAUGCUUGUUUCCUUGCCCCUGUCACUGCUCUUGAUUAGUCCGCCUCGGAUCGCUGCAUCGGAGUGUGGUUGUCCUCGUGGCUCUGCCCUCGCUCUCUGCUGUCUUCCAUUCUUCCCACCCCCCCAUCGUCGUUGGGGAGAGAUCCGCCUUCCCCGACUCUGGGUUGGGCGUCGCUGGUCUCUCUCCUAUGUCCACGCACAAUGCCAUCCCCGGUUCACAGCACAAUAGUUUGGUUCUCGACAGUUGAGAUGUCGAUUGCUUCCACGCACCCAGAUCUAGAUCCCUCCGUGGUUUGAUGAUUCGAGGGCGUUUUCUAGAGCUUCUCGCCAUUUUCUCUGCAACUGUCAUGAUGACUUGGACGGGAGUCCCCUAAUGCUGAUGCCCGAUUUCAGACCUCUUUUGUCUUUCCCCGUGGAGAUCCACUCCCUUAAUCGCAAUGGCCGACCCCACCGAUCUGAAUCUCGAUGCGCCGAGCGAUCUUCAGGACAUCCCGGAGAUGGCCAUGCAGUUGAUUCCCCCUCCGGAAGGGACGUAUCCUGACAAGUCAUCUCUUCUGACGGCAGUCCAGGCGCACGGCAAAGCACAUGGAUACAAUGUCGUCGUGAAAUCGUCCAGUACCCCCACCGAAAAGAAGCCGGGCCGUACGGCAAAGGUGUGGCUUCGAUGCGAUCGGGGUGGGCAUUAUCGUCCUCGGAACGGGCUCACCGAGGAGACGAGAAAACGGCGGCGAACGUCCCGUCUGAUGGACUGCCCGUUCAUGCUAGUCGCAGCCGGAACUCCUGGCAUUUGGACGUUGACUGUGUUGAACCCGACUCACAACCAUGGCCCAGUGAUUGAGAAGCCGCGGCAAGUUCCUCAUCAUAAGGUCCGGAAGGGCCAGAUUGCCGCAGUCCCUUAUGACUGGCCACACGACGCUACUUUGACGCCAUACACGACUGCGUUGGUGAUUGUGGACAUGCAAAAGGAUUUCUGCUCGCCGGGUGGAUACCUAGAAUACCAGGGCUACGACAUUUCAGCCACACAGGCACUUAUCGUCAAACUUCAGCAUCUUUUAGGAAUUUUCCGUGCGUCCGGGUUUCCGGUCUACCACACUCGCGAGGGCCAUCGACCCGACCUAUCUACAUUAUCUAGCCGAGAAGCCUACCGAUCACGGAACAAUGCUUCCGGGCUGGGAAUUGGCUCGCCUGGCCCACUCGGACGCCUUCUGAUCCGCGGCGAAGUUGGCCACGACACCGUCGACGAACUAUAUCCGAUCCCCGGGGAGCCUGUCAUCGACAAGCCGGGCCGCGGCGCAUUUGCGCACACCGACUUCGAACUUCUGCUCCGCAACAAAGGCAUCAAGAACCUGGUCAUCGUCGGCGUUACCACUGACGUAUGCGUCUCGACUACGAUGCGCGAGGCCAACGACCGCGGGUUCGAUUGCGUUGUUCUGGACGACGGCACGACCGCCAGCGACCCCAGCCUGCACGUCAGCACGAUGGACUCGGUGAAGAUGGAAGGCGGAAUCUUCGGCGCGGUGGCCAAAAUGGAAGAUGUGAUCAGCGCCGUGGAGAAUUUCAAAUCGGUCACUGUGAAGAAGCUGGCUCCACAGAUGACGGUUUAGAUUGACAUGAUUGGAAUGGGCGGAAGACUACCUUACCAUGCGAGGCAUGACAUUUGGCCUGGUUGAUUCGAUUGGCCAGAAUUUUCUAUUCUUGUUUGAUGUGCACAUUCAGCGACAUGAAGGAGUGAUUGGAGCAGUUUUCAUUAUUUAUUUUAGCCACGAUUUAUUGAUUGCUUAGUCUAGAUAGUUUCAAGGGCCUCGAACACGACAAGAUGAAUCACGAGAAAUGACCCUUGAUUUAAUAUCUAGUAGAAAUGAAAUGUAAAUGUCCAAC